UAAAUCUCUCCCUCCCUAUUCCAACAGUACCAGCCUAUAAUCUCUCUCUCUCUCCUCUUAUCUGGCUUCCCCUUUCAAAAAUAAAGACCCUUGUUCUUCAAAAACCAGAGCAUCAAAUUUUCGAACCAGAUCUUGAGGAGCUUCCAAUGUAAAAUCAAAAUUGUCGACCUUCCGAUGAAGAAUCAUCAAAUUGAUUGAUAGAGAAAUAGAGUCUGUUUUCUAUCUCCUCUUAUCUAGCUCAAGAUCUGGUUCGUUCUCCUCUUCCCAAUUUUUUUUUUUUGAAAUUUCUCAAUUUUUCGGUUAUGAUCUUCUGAUCCUUCAAACUCUAACACUUUCCUUUCUCAAAUUUCUCACAUUUUCUUCUAGUACCCAUCAAUUUAAAAUACCCAAGAACCCCAGAUUUUUUACCCCAAAUAUGAGUAGCCAUAAAAUCUGAAUCGUGAUUCUCGGUUGUUUUAUUCACCCGUGUUUGAUUUUCUUUUCAUGGAUAAUUAUUCACCCUUAGACUUCAAGGUUCCUCUCUACUUCUGCUAUAGUUCGGAGAGUGACGAUGAAUAUCUUACAAGACAUACAAAGUAUCCUAAGAAACCUCGAAUUACUGACAAGGAUGAGCCCAAGGACCCAGAUCUUUCUGAUGAAGAACCAUUCGUGAAUAGACCGUACGAGCAAUCUGAAGUUUUCCAUCAGGAUGUUGCUCGACCAUAUGGUCUUCGCGCGGAACCGAAAGCCCACAAUCAUAAUUGGAUAAUUGAAGCUGAUGAUGUUGGUGAGAAAUCAGAUGAUAAUGACGAAGAAUUUGUUCCCUCAACACCUUCUCACCCAACACAACUUGAGGAAGAGGUUGCUCAUGAUACACCUCCUAAAAGUUGGUCUCUUGAUUGUUGGGAAUGUGAGCCCAAUCGUGUCCGAUAUAUGUCAAAGAUUAGUGGUCCUAAAUCUAAUUACGAAGUGGACUCUGAUGAAACACAACCCUGAUCGGAUUCUCGGUGCUUCCUUCCAGAUAAGUUUUUUCCUAAGAUUUAGAGCUGUAUCCACAAACAGAGGCGGAAUAACUUCAUCUUCCUCACCUUCAGAAUCUGUCACAUACCAUGUGUCUUCUUCUUCUUCUGUCAUGUCAUCUUCAAAGUGGUUCAUCUGCUCUUCCAGGCUAUGUAGUU